ACCGGACUAUUAUCAGACUUUUCCCUGUCUAUUGUUUAGUUUUAUCUAACCACGCAACUUGUUAAUGUGGUUAGGUUAUAUUCCUUAAUAAUCUUGUUAGUAAAGUCUAUAUUUUUUCGGAAUAAAUCUCAUUAUCACAAUUUGUUGAAUAGGAAUAAUUCACAUUAUUGUGAAUCACUGAGAGAUUUGUCAGUCAAAGUCCAAAGCCUAAUUGGAACGUUUAAAUGGCUUUGGGGAAACCGGAAAAGUUAAACAGUAAACAUACAAGACGACAGGGACAGUCGACAGACACUUUUUAAAAUUGUAAACAGUAUUAGCCUAGUUUAGUUUCAAUCAAUGGCGUAAAGGUGUAAAGUUUAGUGGUGAAGUUAUAUUUUCUAUUGUUUUAUUCUUAUCUACGUAAAAGGCAAUUAACUUCUGGAUUUGCAUUAUGAAUGAAUUAGAAGCCUGUUUCUCCGAAUACUUUAUAUAUUUUGGCGAAGUUAUGAAUUACUGGAGUUCACAAAGUAAUAAAAUAUCUGAAAUUCUACGUCCAAUUUCAAAUCAAACUGAACAACUUAGGUUAUGUUCUAGAGCUCAACUGGAUGAUGGCUUUCUUAAGAAGUUUCCUGAUGUCAAACAGAAGUUACUAGGAAAAAUUCAUUCCAAUAUAGAAGAGGAGUUGGUUGCUUUAGAUAAAUUACAGAAAACAUCGUCAAGUUGGAGUGUGAAAAAAUCUAUUAGGGAACCAACCUCCAGGUCUGGAUUCGGUUCUGACGAAUUCAAUAGGCCUCAUACCUGUUGUUGUAAUACUCCAAGUUGGAACCUUAACAGUAGCCUCGUCGUCACUUUCAGAACAAGCAGAAAGGAAAUAAAGGCACUUGUGGAUGGAUUGAAAUUUCGAUUGACUUCUGUGGAGAAAGCGUAUGCAAAGCACAACCCGGAUGAAGACAAAGAGUUCAACCCUCUUAAUCCUGGAAAUGGGAGUUUGUUGGAGUAUGCUGGAGAUUCCUGGGGAUGUUUCCAUAUAUUAUGGCUUGGAGUGAAAACGGCAAUAGAGACAAUUGAUUAUUUUGAAAAAGAAUCGAUAACGAAUAUUUCAGAUGCCUUUUCGAAAUAUAAACUGGUGCAGACACAUUUGCAAGAUAUUCUAGAUUUGACAUACUACUUACGAACGACAUAACCAAAUCAGAGAAGUCAGGUGAUGGAAGAAUUCUAAAAUAGUGCAAUAAUAUUUUAUUAAGUACAAAGAAAUUCAUGUAUAUUUUUUAAAUAAUUUUUUAUGGUUAUAAAUAAAAAUAAUUGUAUAUACAAUAUUAA